CGGUAAACAACGUUGAGGCGGUCAUCGGUGGCAGUGUGUGCUGUCAUUAGCUGAGUGGCGCCUUCUGCCAUGAAGAUGAGGCUUAACCAGCUAGUCAGCUAGAGCCUCGACUGCUCGGUUCGGCGACGCCAACGCCGCGCGCCUCCGUUGGCCUGUCUUGCGAUGCGUCGGCGUCGGCCCCGACCCCCGGAUUGCACCGAGCAAGCCGGCCGCACCUGCUUGUGCAGUUGUGCUUCGCACCUGCCAGGUCGCAUUCUCUCUUUUGCCUCCGCUCAGCUCUCCUUUAGUCAUGCACUCGGGAUGCUUGUAGAAAUGCCUGACUGGAUGUGUUGCAUUUACAUCGAGAGAGUGAGCUUGCCUUUAGCUUAAGUGCCUGUGGUUUGUUUUGGUCUGCACUGUUCCUCCUCUGAUUCGUGACACAGAAAGCCGACCGAUUGAUUGAGCUGUGGGCACCGAUGCAAUCACUGUUGCUUCUUCUUCCUGUGCCCGAGGAGGUGCAAGGAAGGCCUGCGAGCAGUGAAACAUGGCUGAAUCGCUGCUUCUCCCCGUGGUGCAUGGCGUGGUCAGCAAGGCGGCUGACGCGCUUGUGCAGAGCGUCACCCGCAUGUGGGGCGUUGACAAGGAACGCCGCCGGCUCGAGCGCCACCUGGUCCUGGUGUACGUGCAGUCCUUGCUGGCUGACGCUGAGGCGAAGAGCGAGACCAACCACGCCGUCCGGACGUGGAUGAAGGAGCUCAAGGCUGCCGCCUACCAGGCCGACGAUGUCCUCGAUGACUUCCAGUACGAGGCAUUACGUCGUGAGGCCGAGAGCGGCCGGUCCACGGCAAGAAAGGUACCGAGCAACUUCACCUCAAAGAAUCGGCUUGUGUUCCGUUAUAAGGCGAGCAGGGACCUCAAAAAGGUGCUUGACAAGAUCAACAAGCUGAUGGCAGAGAUGAACACGUUUGGGCUGGUGGCGCUCAAGGAGGUGCCAAACUGCCAACGCAAGCUCUUUAUCGGCAGACACACUCAGUGCUGCACGAAUCCAUGGAGAUAUUUGGCAGAGAUUGCUAGAGGAUAAUUUCAGUGUAUUCCUCCAAAUCUUAAAAGAGUGGGUAAUAUAGUAGCUAUACAUGGGCC